UAAGAACCAAAAUGUGUUCAUUUUCUCUAUGGUUUGUUUUGGGAUUAAUAGUCAUUGUGGGUAGUCACGUUGCACAAGCACAAGACUCACCAGCAGACUACGUGAAUGCUCACAACAAAGCAAGAUCUGCAGUUGAUUCAUUCAUUAAAAUUCCAAACAUUGUUUGGGACAACGAAGUUGCUGCUUAUGCACAGAACUAUGCUAAUCAACGCAAGGAUUGUAAACCGAUACCCUCCAAUGGUGGUGGUCGUUAUGGCAAGAAUAUUGCGGUGAGCACUGGCUACAUAAGUGGCACACAAGCAGUGAAGGGUUGGGCGGAUGAAAAACCACACUUUGAUAACUAUCUUAACAAAUGUUUUGAUGGUGAAUGUCAUCAUUUUACCCAGGUUGUUUGGUCAGGUUCACUACGUCUUGGAUGUGGCAAAGUGAAAUGUAAUAAUGGUGGAACAUUUGUUACUUGUAAUUAUUAUCCCCCAGGUAACAUUCCUGGCCAAUUACCGUACCAAUAA